CGCGCAUCCUUCUCGGCAGCGCGCGCUCACUUCUCCAGGUGCGCGAGGGGGUCAGACUCCAACGGACCUGAUGAUGUUCGGGCGCUCCACGUUAUAAGAAAAUAAACAUUUCUGCGACCACAGUUGGGUUGUAUUAUACUAAAAACCAGUGAGAGGCAGAUUUUGAAGCGAUUUGAAGACUUAUAUGAACUCCCGAGGAGCUGCAAUGGCAUCGAUCGGGGAGUUUGAUCCGUUGAACAGCACCGUACCUGCGACCAAAAUAGAGAUCACGGUAUCCUGCAGGAAUUUGUUGGAUGUUGAUACAUUUUCAAGGUCUGCGCCAGUGGUUGUGUUGUAUGUUCAAGGAAUUGGUACUAAAGAAUGGAGAGAGUUUGGUAGGACAGAAGUGAUCGACAACACUCUAAGCCCAGACUUUGUGAGGAAAUUUGUCUUGGACUUCUUCUUCGAAGAAAAACAGAACCUUCGAUUUGACGUAUACAAUGUGGACUCUAGAAACAUGUCGAAACAUUCCUUUCUCGGCCAGACUUUCUGCACUCUCGGAGAGAUUAUUGGGUCCACCGGGUCAAGGAUGGAACGGGUGCUUUCGGGCAUUCCAGGGAAGAAAUGCGGGAACAUUAUCUUCACAGCUGAGGAACUCAGCAAUUGCCGGGAUAUUGCGACCAUGCAACUCUGUGCUAACAAGCUGGAUAAGAAGGAUUUCUUCGGGAAGUCCGACCCUUUCUUGGUGUUUUACCGAAGUAAUGAAGAUGGCACAUUCACAAUCUGUCACAAAACCGAGGUGGUAAAAAAUACUCUGAAUCCUGUAUGGCAGUCCUUCACCAUCCCAGUGCGAGCUCUCUGUAACGGAGACUAUGACAGAACAGUGAAGGUUGAUGUUUACGACUGGGAUAGAGAUGGAAGUCAUGACUUCAUUGGAGAGUUUACCACCAGCUAUAGGGAACUGUCUCGUGGACAAAGCCAAUUUAAUGUAUAUGAGGUCUUGAAUCCAAAGAAGAAAGGCAGGAAAAAGAAAUAUGUCAAUUCUGGCACAGUAACACUUCUGUCCUUCAAAGUUGAAUCCGAGUACACAUUUGUGGACUUUAUCCGGGGCGGGACACAGCUCAACUUCACUGUAGCAAUAGACUUCACCGCAUCUAAUGGAAACCCCUCACAGCCGACAUCGCUGCACUACAUGAACCCGUACCAGCUGAACAUGUACGCCAUGGCCCUCAAAGCCGUAGGGGAAAUCGUCCAAGAUUACGACAGUGACAAACUCUUCCCGGCUUACGGCUUUGGAGCGAAACUUCCACCGGAUGGAAAGAUCUCUCACGUCUUUCCCUUGAACUCCGACUGCGAGAACGCAAACUGCGUCGGCAUCGAAGGUGUUCUGGAGGCAUAUUACGACUGUCUGAGGAAAGUGCAGCUCUACGGACCAACCAACUUUGCCCCCGUCAUCAACCAGGUGGCACAGUGCGCUGGGGAGGUGACAGACGGCUCUCAAUACUUUGUGUUGCUGAUCAUCACAGACGGAGUCAUUUCAGACAUGGAGCAAACCCGAGAAGCUGUAGUCACCGUGACGUCUUUGCCCAUGUCCAUCAUAAUUGUGGGAGUUGGUCCGGCUGAAUUUGACGCUAUGGAAGAGUUGGAUGGAGAUGAGGUCAGGGUGUCCUCCAGGGGACGUUUUGCUGAGAGAGACAUUGUCCAGUUUGUGCCGUUUCGGGACUACAUCGACCGAUCGGGGAACCAGGUGCUCAGUAUGGCGAGACUGGCCAAAGAUGUACUGGCCGAGAUACCCGACCAGCUGCUGUCGUUCAUGAAGAGCAGCAGCAUCGAACCCAGACCGGCCCUCAAUCCCUCUCCCACGCCACAGAUAAAUGUCCACCUCUGAUCCUA